AUGCGGCCCGCCCGAGCUUUCUUUCCCUCCAACUCACUUCCACCCGCCAUCUCACUUCACCCUGCUCCGCCAUUCUACAGUAUCCACCCACGACAACCCGUGUCGAAUCGGCAUCCCAGCUACUGCGAUAACUACGAGAGCCUCGCGCCCAAGGAUUGCGCCACCAUGGAUUUCGCGGCUCUGAUGUCCAAGGAGAUCUCCAAGGCCAAAGGCAACUCCAAAUCGUCAGGCCCCGGAAAGGACAAGGACAAGGACGCGCCUGAGCCCUCCAAGAAAUAUAUGCGCCGCGCCGAUAUUGAAGCUGCCCGAGUAGCUGCCUACCACGAGGAACAGGAACGGGCACAGCGUGAACGGGAAGAGCGCCAGGCCAACAAACGCAAGCUGGAAGACGAGGAGGCCGAGCGCAAACGUGAGCGCGAGGACAAAAGGCGGAAGCUGGCCGAGGAAUCGAAGAAACGACGAGACAAGGAGGAAGAGGCCGCCGAGCGUGAACGGCGACGGAAGCUCGGUCUCCCCGACCUGCCUUCCAAGAGCGAGACCAAGAAGACCCCGGACGAUGCGGAGGAAGAGGACAUUGAAGAGGGAGAUCUAGUCGAAAAGCUUCGCCAGCUCGAUGAGCCCAUACGUCUGUUUGGCGAAGACCAUCGCGCUCGCCUACGCCGGUAUCGUCGUCUGGUCCAACGCGCCGCUGCGAAGCAAAAGAUCACGGAUGGUCCUAUCCCCACAACUCUGGAACCAGUACCAGGUGCACAGAUGAUCAUUCCGGGCAAGGUCCCGAAAGAGCAGGAGGAUCGCCUGUUUCUCUAUCGGCAGCUCGGGUCUUAUUUCAACAUGGUCCUUUCAGAAUGGGAGGUGGCCCUUGCAAAGCGUGACGUGAGCGUGCGCCAAAGCUUCCAAGGAAAACAAGCAUAUAAUGCGAUGCUUCAAUCGCGCGAGAACAUGAAGCCUCUAUUCCGUCGUUUAGAGAAAAAAGACCUGGACGAUGGUCUUUUGGAACCAAUUGUUGAAAUUGUGCACAAGGCGCAACAGCGAAAAUACGUCGACGCGAACGACGCGUAUCUUCGAGUGAGCAUUGGAAAAGCUGCUUGGCCCAUUGGCGUGACCAUGGUUGGUAUUCACGAGCGUUCCGCACGCGAGAAGCUCCACACAGGCGACCAGCAGGCCCAUAUUCUUAGCGACGAGGCCACACGCAAGUAUCUGCAGAGCAUCAAGCGCUUGUUGAGCUUUGCUCAAGUGCGCUGGCCCCCGGAAGAUCAGCUACAGAUCAUGGGCUAG